UGUCCUCGUUUCAAUGUCCGGCUUUCCGGUCAGGUUGCAGGAUCUGGAGACGCAGUACCGCCGCGAGAAAGAGGAAGCGGACUUGAUCCUGGAACAGCAGAGGCUGUACGCAGAUUCAGACAGUGGCGACGAUUCGGACAAGCGCUCGUGCGAGGAGAGCUGGCGCCUCAUUUCCUCGCUGCGGGAGAAGCUGCCGGCCACUAAAGUGCAAACGAUUGUGCGCCGCUGCGGCCUGCCCAGCUCGGGCAAGAAGAGGGAGCCGCUACGGGUGUACCAGAUCCCUCAGCGGCGCCGGGCCGCCAAGGACCCCCGCUGGCUGACCCUGGCGGACCUGAAGAUGCAGGCGGUCAAGGAGAUCUGCUACGAGGUGGCCCUCAACGACUUCCGGCACUCCCGCCAGGAGAUCGAGGCCCUGAGCAUCGUCAAGAUGAAGGAACUCUGCCGCCUCUGCGGACGGCGCGAUCCCAGCGAACGGGAGAGCUGGCGCGCCGUAGCCAGGGACGUCUGGGACACGGUGGGCGUGGGCGAGGCGGAGAGCCCCGCGCCCGGAGUCAGCCCGGCGCUCGGGAACCCGGAGAGCCGGGCCAGCCCGCCGGGCGUAGAAGUGGGCGAACUCCGGGCGCACAUCGACAAGCUGACGGACAUCCUGCAGGAAGUGAAGAUCCAGAACAACGUGAAGGACGAAGAGAUCCGGGCGCUGAGGGACCGGGUGGUGAAGAUGGAGCAGGUCAUCCCAUUCUCGACUCAGGUGAGAAGAUGCCCGGGGAGCAGGAUUCACACACACACCCCGGCA